UCGAAACUGAGUUUCGGGAGACUAUACAUAUAGCACACAAACUUACACUCGUUAUCAACAUGCCUACUCUCUUUUCACGCAGUAAUGACACUUACGCCCCCCUGAUGUCUCAAGAAGCGCCUUCCAACCCUUACAACGCGUCAAGCUCGGUUGCGUCUAACCCUGCCACUCUUUCUACCCUUGGUCACGGUGGAUCUCCUAUUGCUGCGGUCAUCAUAGCCCUGGUCGAGAUUAUCAUCAUAAUCAUCUUGACGUUCGCGCUUGCAAAAUGGUGUCUCAACCGUCCGGUUCUAGCUCGCAGAAACCAGGCCGCCGAGGCUAGCAAGAAAGCACGUAUUUCCGUCCAAAGGAUCGAUGUCCCGAAGAUCGAGAUCGUGCUUCCCGAGCCUGUUCAUAUUGCUACUGAAAAGGAUCUUGAAAUCGACGGCAAUCUAUCCCCUAUUCUCUCGAAUCUGGGAUCCACCUUGAACAAGGGGACGAAAGGAAAUGCACCCCGUAAGGCAGAAGGAAACCCGUGAACUUUUCAUUAUCGAACGAAGCCCAUCAUCCAUACAACGCUCUUGCCAUCGGCCAGACUAGUGUCCUGUACUUAACAUCCAUGGAGUUGCAACGGCCAGCCUCAAGUGAACCCAUAUCUGUUUCGCUCUAUGAUGAGAAGCCCUCAAUCCGCACGGCCAGGC